CUUAUCAUUACACACACACUCAAAUUCUUCUUAUUCUUCAUCAAUGGCUUCUAAAAUCUCUCUUUCUCCUCUCUGGAACCUUCCAAUUUCCACUCAGAAAUCUCAACUUUCUCCUCAAUUCCCCCUCCUACAGCAGUUUCCUUCUUCUUCUAGGGUUUUCUCAUCGAAUCUGAAAUCCAAUUCUCACAGAUCUGUAUCAGUUUCAGCUGCUGUGACUGAAGAAUCGAAAACUUCUCCUCCGUCAUCAACGUCGCCUACUUCUUCAUCCAAAGUUAUUCUCGUCGUUGGUGGCACCGGCGGCGUUGGACAGAUAGUAGUAGCAUCGUUGCUCAAUCGGAAUGUCAAACUGCGUCUCAUUCUUCGAGACCCUGAGAAAGCAACUACUCUGUUUGGCGAACAGGAUGAGGAAAAGCUACAGGUGUGGAAAGGUGACACACGGAGUCCUACAGGCAUAGAUCCAUCUGUAUUUGAGGGUGUAACUCAUGUUAUUUGCUGCACUGGGACCACUGCUUUUCCAUCUAGGCGAUGGGAUGGAGAUAACACUCCAGAAAGAGUAGAUUGGGAAGGUGUGAGAAACCUUGUGUCAGCAUUGCCUCAGUCACUAAAAAGAAUUGUUCUUGUUUCAUCAAUUGGCGUCACAAAGUUCAAUGAGUUGCCUUGGAGCAUCAUGAACCUUUUUGGUGUUCUCAAGUAUAAGAAGAUGGGGGAGGAUUUUGUUCGCGGUUCUGGUCUUCCAUUCACCGUAAUCAGAGCUGGUAGGUUAACAGAUGGUCCAUACACAUCAUAUGAUUUGAACACACUGUUACAAGCUACUGCUGGCGAACGGCGUGCAGUUUUAAUAGGUCAAGGGGAUAAACUUGUUGGAGAAGUUAGUAGGCUUGUAGUUGCAGAAGCUUGCAUACAGGCUCUCGACAUAGACUUCACAGAAGGACAAAUUUAUGAAAUAAAUUCUAUUCCGGGUGAUGGACCAGGAACUGAUCCACUGAAGUGGCAGGAGUUAUUUAGAGCUCCUCAGAACAAUUAACUGCUGUUCAACUAUAUUUCUUAUCCAGAUUAUGAGAGGAAGCUCUGAAUUUAUAUAUGCACAUACACUGAACUCAGGUGAUGAUAUUUGUAUGUAGUAGAUAACGUACAGUAAGAAAGAGCCUAUAGAAGCCAAGAAUGCCUACAGAGCAAAGAUUCAUGAUCCUUGCUGCUGCUUUCUGGUUCUAUCAUGUAAAAGCAUAUUAUAAGAUUUUACAUUUUUCUUUUUUUGGUUGUUAAAAUCUCUCUGAUAUGUGUUGUGUAUCUGCAUAAGAAAUGUUGCAAGUUUCCACAAAAAGAACCAAAAACUGAAGUGUCUACAGUUUUACCCCUUUCAAACGUGGGGUAUUAUCACUUCU